UGAGCAGUGGAGUAUAAUAGGCGUGACCUACCCUCUUUAUCACUCACUCGUUGAAUCCUAUCUAUCUCAUAAUUACUACUCACAUCACCAUCAUACCUCCUCCCCAAUCUCGUCAAAUAUCACCCCACUAUGACAGACUCUCCCACCACAACAACUACAUCAUCACCACCACCACCACCACCCCUCCGCAUCGGCGUCCUCCUCUUCCCGGGCUUCCAAGCCCUCGACGUCUUCGGCCCCCUCGACGUCCUCAACGUCCUCUCCUGGUCCACCAACUCCAACACCAACACCCCUCCUUCCACCCCAUCCACCUCCCCACCUCCAACUCCACCCAUAUCCCUAACCCUCCUCUCCACCACCCUCUCCCCAUAUCCACACUCCCCCCUCCCUCCCCAACGCCCUCUCCCAAUCCAUCCUCCCAACAGCAACCCUCACCUCUGCCCCGCCGCUCGACGCUGGGGCACUCGCGCCCCGCUCCCCCAACACAUCGAAUACAUCCGCUCCGUCUACCCGUCCCUCAAGUACCUGUUGACUGUGUGUACGGGUGGGAAAUUAGCUGCCAGGGCGGGCGUGCUGGAUGGGAAGAGGGCCACGACGAAUAAGAAUGACUGGGAGAGUGUGGUUAAGGAUGCUCCCCGCGUGGAGUGGGUGAGGGAGGCGAGGUGGGUGGUUCAUAAGUCUGCUGGGGGUGCGAAGGGAGAUGAUGGUGUAGAGGUGUGGAGUUCGGCUGGUGUGAGUGCCGGUGUGGAUUUGAUGUUUGCGUGGGUGGAGAGUAUUUGGGGUGAGGAGGUCGCGGGGAGGGUUGAGAGGGUGUUGGAGUUUAGGAGGUGGAGGGAGGGGGAGAGGGACCCGUUUGUUUGUUAGGGGUUAGGAACUGAUUGAUAUUGUUCAUUGAUUGUUUGUUGGGGUGGUUGUAUGUUAUGGAUUGAUGGAUUGAUGAGAAAUGUGAACGUGAACGUGAACAUGUAUGGAAUGGAAUUAAUCGCUGUGGAAUCGAACGUGUAAGACAGAUGAUAUACUAUGUAGAAGCAUUUCAACG